CGAUCACUGAAAGAGAAGGCUGGUCCAAACGAAUGCCCUUCAAGGUGGUCCAGCCAUCAACAUCCUGCAGAGCGGCACCUCUAUCUUCGCAGAUCAUCUGGUCAUAUUUAUCAUCGCCAUCGACAUAUGUGGAGUAUUUGAAAAUCUGAAGACUGAAGUUUCAAAAUCAACAGAUGAAGGGCUUAUGCCCGAAACAUUGACUCUCCUGCUCCUCGGACGCUGCCUGACCUGCUGUUUUGCCAGCGCCACAUUUUUUGACUGACUCUCCAGCGUCUGCAGUCCUCACUUUGAUGUCAAUGUCUGACAGUUACUCAAUCCAUCGGGACCACAACAAUUUAUGACUGUGAUUUCUGUGGGAGGGAUAAAUGCUUUUUGGUUCCUGUUUGAGGACGUUUUCAGCAUCAGGUGGGACUGGACGAGAGACCCCACUGUUGCAGCGCACUGUGUGUGGAGCCUGAAACAGUUAUACGGCUUGGGAAGGGGAUUUCACGGCAGGGAGGGGCUCUACACGUGUUUGUGUGCAGCUGAAACUGUGGCCAUGGAGAAACCCGAGGAAUCCCACUCUGUGGAGAAACUGUGGAAGUGUGGGGACUGUGGGAAAGGCUUCCGUGUCCCGUCUGCCCUGGAGACUCAUCGGCGCAGUCACACCGGGGAGAGACCAUUCCCCUGCACCGACUGCGGGAAGGCCUUCAGCACUUCCUCCACCCUGCUGAGCCACCAGCGUGUCCACACCGGGGAGAGGCCGUUCAGCUGCCCUGAGUGUGGGAAGGCCUUCAGGUAUUCCUCCCACCUGCGGACCCACCGGCAUUUCCACACGGGGGAGAGGCCGUUCAACUGCCCUGAGUGUGGAAAGGCCUUCAGACAUUCCUCCACCUUGCGGACCCACCGGCUUGUCCACACCGGGGAGAGGACUUUCAGCUGCCCCGAGUGUGGGAAGGCCUUUAUCUUGUUCUCCUCCCUGAUGAGGCACCAGCGGGUCCACACGGGGGAGAGGCCCUUUACCUGCCCCGAGUGUGGGAAGGCCUUCAGCGAAUCCUCCACCCUGCUGAGGCACCAGCAGAUCCACACGGGGGAGAGACCGUACACCUGCCCUCAGUGCGGGAAGGGCUUCACCCGGGCCUCCCAAAUGGAGACACACCAGCGUGUCCACACUGGGGAGAGACCGUACACCUGCUCUCAGUGCGGGAAGGGCUUCACCUGCUUCUACCACCUGCGGAGACACCAGCGGAUCCACACCGGGGAGAGGCCCUUCAGCUGCCCCGAGUGUGGGAAGGCCUUCAGCACAUCUUCCGCCCUGCUGACCCACCAGCGGAUCCACACCGGGGAGAGACCUUACACCUGCUCUCAGUGCGGGAAGGGUUUCACCCGCCCCUCCCACCUGCGGAGCCACCAGCGAGUUCACACUGGGCAGAAACCGUGGAAGUGUGGGGACUGUGGGAAAGGCUUCCGUUUCCCGUCUGCCCUGGAGACUCAUCGGCGCUGUCACACCGGGGAGAGGCCAUUCCCCUGCACCGAGUGUGGGAAGGCCUUCAGAUAUUCCUCCCACCUGCUGGCCCACCAGCGGGACCACACGGGGGAAAGACCCUUCAGCUGCCCUGAGUGCGGGAAGGCCUUCGUGUUUUUCUCCGCCCUGUUGGCCCACCAGCGGAUCCACACAGGGGAAAGGCCAUUCAGCUGCCCUGAGUGUGGGAAGGCCUUCAGCGAUUCCUCCGCCCUGCUGAUCCACCAGCGGGUCCACAUGGGGCAGAGGCCCUUCAGCUGCCCCGAGUGUGGGAAGGGCUUCAGCACAUCCUCCACCCUGCUGAAGCACCAGCGGGUCCACAAUGAGGAGAGGCCGUACAUCUGCUCUCUGUGCGGGAAGGCCUUCAGCACAUCCUCCACCCUGCUGACCCACCAGCGGGUCCACACCGAGGAGAGGCCGUACAUCUGCUCUCAGUGCGGGAAGGCCUUUACCCGGUCCUCCACCCUGAUGAGCCACCAGCAUGUCCACACUGGGGAGAGGCCGUUCACCUGCUGUCAGUGCGGGAAGGGCUUCACCUACUCCUCCACCCUGUGGAGCCACCAGCGGGUCCACACGGGGGAGAGGCCCUUCAGCUGCCCUCAGUGCGGGAAGGCCUUCAGCAGAUCUUCCUCCCUGCUGAGCCACCAGCGGAUCCACACCGGGGAGAAGCCGUACAUCUGCUCUCAGUGCGGGAAGGGUUUCACCCGCCCCUCCCACCUGCGGAGCCACCAGCGAGUUCACGUGCCAUCGCAGGGGGAUUGAAGGAGUGACGGCCGAGUCCCAUUAUCGAUUGGAAUAUCAACCCGGUUCCGGGGACUCCCAGGUUUGAAUCCCGCCACGACAGAUGGCAGAAUUGGUAUUCGGUCAGAAAUGUGGAAUUCGGAAUCUAACGAUGAGACCAUU